AUGGCUCAACUGGAAGAUAACUACACCAAAGUCUCAAAUGUUUUCAUCGUUGGGUUUCCAGAACUCCAGCUGGAGUAUUUUCACAUGGUGGCAUGGUUCUUGUUCAUCCUCUAUGUGACCACAGUGGUGGGAAACCUGGUACUGGUGGUGAUGUUUGUUGUGGAGCACAGUCUCCAGAAGCCAAUGUAUAUCAUCAUGGUCAGCCUGGCUCUCUCAGACAUUGGUUUUGCAACAGUGGCGUUACCAAAACUUAUUGCUCGCUAUUGGUGGGAUGAUGGGAGUAUGGGCCUUUAUACAUGCCAGUUCCAAAGACACAUGAUCCACUAUUUUGGCAGUUUGAACUCCCUGAUUUUGCUGACCAUGGCUGUGGAUCGAUACAUGGCCGUCUGCUUACCUCUCAGAUACCCAAUGUUAAUGACGGUCCCGACUAUGACCAUCCUGACAGUUCUCUCCUGGUUAGUGGCCCACAUCUUCCCUGGUGUCAGCUCCAUUAGCUUUACCCAGAUACCUUUUUGUGGGCCAAGUCAAAUCAUACAGACCUUUUGCGACACCUUGUCUCUCGCGGCUCUUGCAUGUGGGGACAAAAGCCAACUCCUAAAGGCUGCUUAUGCCACGGCAAUGUUUAUCCUUCUUGUUCCUUUAGGUUUUGUGAUCAUAUCCUACUUUUGCAUCAUAAUCUCAGUCUUUCACAUGACCAACGGGCAGGGCAGAAAGAAGACCUUUUCUACCUGUGCCACCCAGGGUUGCAUAAUUUCAAUAUACUACAUACCUCGUUUCUUUAUCUACUCCACAUCACUCAUCCCUAACCUGUCAAUGACUCAGAGCAGCCGAGUAGCCACAACAUUUUUCUACAGCUUCUUCCCUCCCCUGAUCAACCCGUUUGUCUACUGUCUGAGAACCAAGGAGAUCAGGUCAAUUUUCUGCCGCUGGCUUCAGAGCCUGCAUGGUAUUAAGCCCAAGUCCAGCAAAAUAGAAACUGUCCCCAAAUUAAAAUGAAAAGCGUUGU